AUGUUUGACGUGCAAGUCGUGCGACAACGACGAGACAGCGGCGCUCGUCGAGGUCUUCAGGCCCUACGUCGAUCCUUUGUGCUGACGGUGGGCGAUCGCAACCUGAAGCUAUGCGCAGGACCUUCCACGUCUGCUGCUGCUGUGCUUUGCAUCUCGCACAACAACAUCAACGUUCGUUUCCGAGAUCAAGAGGAGGCUCUACGAGCUGCCGAGUUGAUGAUGGAUACAUGGGAGAUUGACCCUCUUGUGGAAAGCUCGGACAUCCGUCCAAUCAAGUCGGAGGAAAGCAGCGACUGCACUGGACUGGCCUUGCUCGUGCAGCAGUACGUGACCGACCGCAACUUUCGUCACGUCGUAUACCAGCUCCACGACCACAUUGACGCCGCUGUCGCACAUGCAGAAUUCAGCUUUAAGAUGUAG